CAAGGCAGAAAACAACAGGAAACGUAAUGGCUAACUACUAUAGUAUGGAUUUUUAAAUUCCUGUCCAGCUCGAAAAAUUCUCAAUAGACCCGAGGUAGUCACGGGAGCUGGAUUGACUGUUGAUUAGCAGCAAGUACUCGGUCCAAGAUGGCGAUAAACAUCCGCCGGAACAACCGGAUAGUACCGCCCAUAAUUUGCCUCCUCACAUUUUGCCUGUUGUGGCAGCUUUUGGAUCUCAAUGCUGCGCAGGUGUUAAAGGCCAAGCAGGCGUCGUCUGCCGCCAAGCCGGCGCCCUCGAAGCAGCAUCCGACAGAUCCGACGUGGCCACAAGGCCAAACGCCCGGAUCUGACUCGGGAACCACCACCACCACCACCACCGCAAAUCUCACCAGCGACGACGUGCUGCUCAUCCUCAAGACCGGCGGGACCGUGCUGUGGAGGCGGCUGCCGAUCCACCUGUCGACGACGUUUGCGCCGGAGCGCAUCAGGGCCAACAACUCGGUCAUCUACGCCGACGUCGACGGGCAGAUCGGCCGGCACGCGGUGAUCGACGUGCUGGCGUCGUUCCCCACCGCGCUGCGCGAAAAGUCCCCGGCGUUUGAGACGUACCGCGAGAUCCGCGACUGGCACGCGGCGAACCACUACCUGGAGCAGACGGGCCUGCCGGGAGACGUGAGCACGACCGAGGGCCCGUCGGGCGGCUGGCGGCUCGACAAGUACAAGUUCCUGCCGCUGAUGCAGCGCGCCGGCCGGGACUUUGCCCAGGCCAAGUGGUACAUCUACACCGAGGACGACACCUACCUCUUCCUCCCCAACGUGCUGCGCUACCUGUCGCGCUACGACCACACGCGCCCGCACUACCUGGGCGGUCUGGGCGAGAUGCUGGGCGUCACCUUCGCGCACGGCGGGUCCGGGUUUGCGCUCUCGCGCGGCGCCUGGGAGCAGUCGUUCGGCAAGGGCGGGGACCUGGUGAGCAAGUACGCGACGUUUGUGACCGAGUCCUCGUUUGGCGACUACGCGCUCGGCAAGGUCCUCAACGACUACGGCGUGCAGCUGGGCGACGAGGUGACCAACGACAGGAAGGAAGGGGGCGCCUGGGGGUUCAAUGGGCUCCCGCACUGGAAGAAUGAGUUUUCGGCGGAGAACUGGUGCAAGCCUGUGCUCUCGUGGCAUCACGUCCACAGUCGCGACAUUGCCAUGUACUACGAGCUCGAAAAGUCGUGGAAUUUUGAGAAAACACUCACCUAUGGCGACUUUUACAAGCACGCCAUCGCCCCCACGCUCACCAAACGCAAGUCGUGGUGGGACAACAUGUCCAGGCGCCAUCACCUAACCCCGCAGUCGGUCGUGACGGCAGAGAUACCCAAGGACGUACGCGACAGCUCAUCCUGGAAGGAGUCGUGGAAGUCGGAUAAGCUGUGCGAGGCGGCCUGCACCGAGUGGAAGAGCUGCGUACAGUGGUAUUAUUAUCAGUACGAAUGCAAGCUGGAUGACAGGUUUUGGCUGGGCUUUGGAUACCCCGAGACGUCGAGGUAUCGCAAGGAGAAGCUCGAGUCGAUUAGCGGCUGGCUACCUGACAGGAUCAACUCCUGGACCUGUACAUGAUGACAUCACACACAAUGAAUAAGACCAAGACUUGUAAUCU